AUGCUGUAUGGUGAGGAGUUUGUAGUUUACAAUGUACACAGCUUGGUCCAUUUGGCUGCAGAAACAGAAGUGUAUGGUAGUUUAGAUGCAUGUAGUGCCUUUGAAUUUGAGAACUACAUGCAGCAACUAAAGAAAAUGGUUCGAUCAGGAAAUAAUCCUAUUGUUCAGAUUGCAAAACGUCUAGGCGAAUUGUCCUUGAGUAAGAUUGGUGAGCCUGAAGAGAAAAAUGUGAUCAGUGUCAAAAAGGCAAAUGAAGUCUAUGUUUUAAACGAACACUCGUGUUGUGAGGUAAUAGAAACGACCAUCGUGCAGACUGAACGUCAUUUUACAUGCCGAGCAUACAAAACUACCGCAUUGUAUCAUUCUCCCUGUGAUUCUCGGCUUGUUGGUGUGUACAAGGCCAAUGCAGAACAAACCACCAUCAAAGUUCUCACAUCUGGUCAAAAAAGCGAUCAUGUUUCACCUUGGACAAAAUAA